AACAACCAACCUCUCACCAUUGUCUUUCUCUCUCUCUUAAAAACACAACCAAAACCCCUCAAGAAACUAAGCACCCUCCACAGGCCAUGUACGGACACAGCCACCAAUCACUAGUCAGUUAUACCUCAGCCGACCUCAUCGGCAACCUCCCCUUGCUCGACGCGACGGCUUUGCCGCCACCUCUGCUCAUCCCUCCGAGCUACGAGUUUGACCCGAUGGGAGCGGUGGCCCUGCCGAAGUUGGAGUUGAGUUACAGCUGCAGCAGUGGGUGCAGUAGCUACGAGUCACCAAGCUCGCUCACGAGCUACUCGGUUUUGAGUCCGAGCUUGAUGCAGAGGAGCAUCAGCAGUCUCUCGCUCCAGAAGAAUGAUGGUGUCAAUGGGUUUCGUCAACUUGUCUCAACGACAUCCCUGGGGGAUUACGUGGACUCGGAGACUAGUCACGUUAGGAGGGUGUUCAGCACCGGUGAUUUACAGAGGAUUAACAUGGUGCAACAUUACCAUCGAUCCGAGAGCCCGUUAUCAAAUGAGAACCAUAGUAUUAUCGAGGGUAUGAGCAAAGCCUGCCGUUACAAUCCAGAGGAGAAAAAAGAGAGGAUUGAGAGAUACAGAAGCAAGAGAAACCAGAGAAACUUCAACAAAAAGAUCAAGUAUGUAUGUAGGAAGACAUUGGCAGACAGCAGGCCGCGUAUCAGGGGGCGAUUCGCCAGGAACGAUGAAAUCGGAAACAGUUCCCAAAACCAGUGGAGUCAAAUGAGAGGGGAAGAAGAUUAUGAAGAUGACGACAAUUGGAUCCAUUUUCUGGACUCGUUUACGGGGAACCUAAUUCCUUAAAAACAUCCGAUCAAGGAAAUUCUCUAGUUUGGAUGCUUAAGCAUGAUAGUGUGGCAAGAUUAGGUUACUUGGUUUCCCUUGUAAUGAUGCAUUUUAGAAGAUAUAUAAAGCUUUUAAUUAGGCAAUGCAAAAUCUGGUUUGUUGUUGUGUAGUAUGAACUACUUUGGAGCUUCAGCCAAAGAAGCUGAGGUUUCUGAAAGUAAGAUAUUGUUUGUUGAAUUAGUCGCCCCUUUUUUUUUUCUAGUGGGGAAGUAAAGGGUCAUUGUUCAUAAUUUCAAGCACGGCCACCUUUUAAUUUGACUACAUUAUUUUCUUGUUAAUAUGAA